GCCUUCUUCCUAGAGCCCAUGACAGCCACUUAUACAUAUGAGCUGCACGUCGAGUCCAGCCACAAUAAUGUUCAUAUGCGCUUGAUCACCGAUAGCCUCAUCCCAUCUCGUAAGGCGAAUCGCCCAUGCCAGUACAGGCAUUUUGGUAAGAGCAUGCACCUGCUGUCGCUGUUUCCUCUGCAGCGAAGCGUAGGUCAGGUUCCGGUGAAUCCACGACAGCGGAUGCGAUGAGCCACGGAUGAUAGCUUAUCUCGAGAUGCCGCAGUGCCACUGUCGAAUGUCUCACACCCCAAGCUUCUAUACCUUUGUCUUGUGACAUGUAACUAUUGGGCUCAGUACAUUCGCUGCCAGCCUUAUCGCAGCCUUUCGCAAGCGCAUUCGUAUGUUUCAAGCAGUCUGGCCAGACGAAAUGGCUAUUGUGCGAUCGGAAACAGCCGGCAUCGGUACAAGAAGAGACAGUAAAGAGGAAGUGAAACAUGGCGAGCAGGUAGUGGGAGGUGACGGCAAGCAUACGAGAGGCCUCGACUGCAGAAACAGCACUCCGCUAGGCUCAAAUUCCAAGCCCGUUUCUGCUAAGUCACUGCGGAAGCGCCUUUUGGACCGCAUUACCUUUGCCUUGGAACUGAGCAUGUUUGAAAAGACGAAGAACAAAAAGUUCUUCCCACGAGACAUCCUCCAAGACAUACUGCCGAAGACCUCGAUGAAUCAAGCUGGCAGCGGAGAAGAUCCAGCUGACACUGUGCUUAGACUCAUGCAAAUUGAACCGAAUAUUGCAAGCUCAGACAACCGAGCGCUUGCAAAUCAUAUCCUGAAGAAUUCGAGGAUCGUCUUCCUUAUCCUACUUUGGAUAAAACACGAUCAUCUCUAUGAAGCGAUGGAGCUUUUCAUGGAUCAUCCUUUUCCAGAUGGCAGCCUGCCUCUCUCAGCGUGGUCUGGAGACCAAUUGAAGAACAAUUCGGAAAACCAUUUAUUCUCACGUAUGGAAAUUGGUCACAGUAGCCAAAUUGCAGCUGAAGAUCCUAUAUGGGAUGUGUCCUCUAUCAAUAAUUUUGAGGACGCCCAGUGGAUGUUUUUAGCUCCAAAAUUCUCAACGAAAGAACAGAAUGGUCAUUUCGACGAACGCUGCCCAAUCCCUUUCAUCGAUCAAAGCACACACAAGAGCAGUGGGGCGCAUGGCAUCGUUCAUAAGUACACAAUUCACCAGGCGCAUCACGAGGACCUGCUUGAUCCGGUCUCAAGCGAACCUUGCGUGGUUGCUGUUAAAGCUUUUAGGAAAGGGGGAAAACACGUUGCUACUGAUGUAGAAAACGAAGUCAAGGCUCUUGAAAUGAUGAACACGCUCGAGAAGGACCAUAUCGUUCGGUUUCUGACAUCGUUCCAACGCGGUGCACCGGAUGAUCUGGAAUACUUCCUCUUAUUUGAAUGGGCCCAUGGAGGAAACCUUGGCGACUUUUGGAAACAGCAAGCUGAACUUCCGCGGACGGCCGAAUUGAUGAAAUGGCUGAUUGGGCAAUUGCGCGGCCUUGCAAAAGCGCUCACCGCUGCUCACGGUGCAGUUUGCCGCCAUGGAGAUCUGAAGCCUGCUAAUAUUCUCUGGUUCCGCGAUACCACAUGUCCCUACGGCACACUCAAAAUCGGCGAUUGGGGUGAGGCAAAGAUCCACAAGGACGUAACUUCAUUGCGCCACGUGGAUACCGAUGCUGGGUACGGUACGAGACGCUACGAACCCCCUGAAACUGGUCCGCAUUCACCAAGACAAGGCCAAGGUCUGCCCAAGCGUUCCCGGUUAUACGACCUUUGGGGUUUCGGCUGUAUCAUCUUCGAAUGCACCAUAUGGUAUCUCUAUGAUAUGGAGCGACUCAACAAGUUCAACAAUAGUAAUUUGGGAACAUAUGGUACUUCUGACUUCUUCUACGAACGCGAACGCGCUACUGGAAUCGCAAAGGUACAUGGCGUGGUGGAACACUGGAUGGAUCACAUGUCAAAUGACGCAUUGUGCCGCUCAGAAAAAACCGCCCUCGGUGAUCUUCUUGAAAUUGUCCGCACAGGGCUGUUGGUUGUUGAGCUUCCUAAGGGCGGUGGCUUCGUAUCUCAGGCUGAUGCACCGAAGAAUAUCAAGGCGAGAUCUACUGAGUCCGCUGAUACCCAGACGUUUACAGAUGCGCAUGAUUCUCAUCCAACGAUUCAAGUCACUGCGCCAGAAUCGGCAAAGCUUGAUGAUGCUGCUGAAACUCCUAACGCGCAUGGCAUCACUCCAACAUUCAACAUCACUGAAUCAUUAUUUACGGAACCUACUGGACUGCAAAACCCGGAACCAAAACAUAACGUCAGGCUUCGUGCCGAUGAGCUUGAGGAAGAUUUGAGUCGCAUCCUCCAAACUCAGAAAGGGAACCGCUACUGGGAUCGGUUUCAGGAUCCAAGACCCGAGCCAGUGGGAACCGACAGCUCUUCCCGCUUGCUGGCGCCCUCUGCCCCUCAUAUAUCCACUGCAACCAAUCUUCGCGUUCCUACAACUCAUAAGGUUGACUAUGAUCAUCCAUCAUUGGACCCAGAGGACUGGCAGCUCGAACUAGACAACGUAUUUGCCGCGCAGCUCUUAUCUCGAUUGGUAACUAUUGCCGGAACUCCUUCACCUCAGAGCCUGCCUUCAGCCGACCUAUGCACGGGUUGUAAAGAGCUUGGUGAGCAGUUACCACAGACGAAUUUCUCGAAGUCAUACACGACCCGGGUACUGAAAUGCAAUGCGGAUGCCAAACUCUGCAAUCUGUGCUGUUUACUAUGGCAGACUCACCAAAGAUACGCCUCCACAGAGUGCAAGGAGGUUCGUUUCUACCGCAUGGGUUCUGCUAUGUAUAUGAGCGGUGCGAAAAAUCCCGUGUGUACCUUACUCCGGAGCAAUGAUCCUAACAGUCGAGCACAUGACAUCCAGGUCGGGCUUGCUGAGCUUCCGAGUGUCGGUACGCCUCAGCAUUUUGGCAUCGUAAGAAGCUGGCUUGAUGACUGCGACAAAAUGCACUCCCACACGUGCAAAACGUCUAAAGACUUGCGUUUAAAGACCGAUGCGACUACCACAAUGCCAACCCGUCUCAUGUACGUUGGAAAAGAUGGAGACGAUAUCGUUCAUCUUCAAGAGAUGAAAGGCAAGAACGCUGUUAGUUGGAUCGCACUUUCUUACCGAUGGGGCGAUUCUUCGCCUUUUUCUACAACCCGACAAAACCUUCACAGUCAUAUCAAGGGGAUGAAGCUGACAGCGUUACCCCGAACCUUCCAAGAUGCCAUCAAGGUUACUCGGGCUUUGGGACACAAGUAUCUUUGGAUAGACUCGCUUUGCAUUAUACAAGGCAAAGACGGUGAUUUCAGUGAUGAGUUCAAGCGAAUGGAAGAUGUGUACAGUGGAGCAUACUGCGUUCUGGCCGCUAGCUGUGCCACUGAUCAAAGAUCAGGGUUUCUGCUGCCUCGCGUAGCAAGAACGUCCGUCGCUUUGAAUCACGAAGGUCGUGAUGGCGACGGUGGUACGAUCUACGUCUGUAGCUUCAUUGAAGAUUUUCGAAGUCAUGUACUACAGGGUGCCUUGCACAAGCGUGGAUGGGUCUUACAGGAGCAUGCUCUAGCUCGACGAACAGUGUUCUUCACCGAGUAUCAAAUGUAUUGGGAAUGUGGCCGUGGAGUUCGAUGCGAAACCAUGAUAAAAAUGACAAACCAACUUGCUGCUUUACUUGGAGAUCCAGACUUUCCUAAGAUCCUCGACCCAGCCAACCACGGUGAACGCAUUUCCAGGUUUCAAGAACUAUAUCAACAGUAUUCUCGACUCGAGCUCUCAUCGGACUAUGACCGUCCAACAGCCAUCGAUGGCUUGCAGCAGCGUCUCAUCAGGACGAUGGGCGUGAAAGGCGGAUUCGGCGUCCUGGACGAUGGCAGCAAUCAAGGCUUCCUCCGCCGCAGUCUCUUAUGGCGUCGUGGAGAGGAUACGCACCACUUGAAACGGAUCGCAUUCCCAAAUGAUCGAGAGCAUGUGCCGUCCUGGUCUUGGAUGUCAGUCUCUGGUGGUAUUGAUUACCUCCAUCUGCCCUGGCAAGGAUACGACUGGCAAAACAUUCGGUCACCACCAUGGCGAACUUCAUCAGAUUCAGUUUUUAGCAAUGCAUUCAUGGGAAAGUCACAAGCUUUUAAAUGCCCGAGAGGAAGGAAGCACGGAUGCGACAUCGUUUUCGACGAUCCAAAAGAUUGUGAGCUUCCAGAGCUCAUGGCGAUCGUUCUAGGUAUCGAGAAAGGCUCGCGGGCUACCGAGGAGAAGACACAUUGUAUACUAGUGGUCAGGCCGAAGGAGACCUCCAGCCAAGAUGGUAUAACGCUGUAUGAAAGGGUCGGAGCAGGUUACAUGCCGGGGGAAUAUUUGGAGGGGCUUCCACAGGCCUGCGCUUUGAUAUGAACCAUUUCUUCGAUUGUCUUCCUGUGACCGCAGAGAUUCUGAUGGCUAGCCUUGAGUUGCAAUAUAAUCAUGACCACUGGUGGAUUCUGCACAAAGAAAGCUACCACAAAACCGAAAACCAGGAAUCAGGGCCAACCGUGCAGCUCAUCGAAUGCGUGUGAUGACUUUCACAAAUUACUGUUGCAAUCUGGGAUGAGAUCGGUUGAAUCUAUUCCCCAUGAUUGAACUAUGUGAAAACAAGUCAGACUGGAGUAGACGG